AGAAAAACACAGCUAAAAAGUAUAGCCAUUUUGGAAGAACAUUUCCACAGCCAUAUAAAAUUAGAAUUUUCUAUGUUUAGCAGCGGUCCUGCACAUGUAGGUUCAGAUUUGACACUGAUGUUUUUUUUGGACUCUAUAUAUACACUAGCCUUGGGGCUUGAGCCUGCCCUUGUUUGUUUUUCACUAUAAAAACUAGGCAGACUGGCUGCAUUAAAAAAAAAAGCGCCUUCUCGCCUGAUUUUCAUGCCAUUAUAUUGGUCACCCACUGUGGAAAUAGGGCGGGUUAUUCAGAUAUAGAUCACAAGAUGGUGACGCUGGAAUCCAAAGCAGGAGGAAAAGAGGCCACUCAUCAUGGUAAGGAAGGACUUGUAAAUUUUAGUGCUUCUCUAGAAGCCUCAUUCCCAAAUGGCAGGGAAACAGAGGAGAAGACCGUUAAUGACAUUAACAAGUUCAGCAGUGAAGAUGAAUUCGACCCGGGUGCUCCUCCUCCAUUUAGGAUAGCCGAGAUUCGAGCAGCCAUUCCCAAGCACUGCUGGGUCAAGGAUCCAUGGCGGUCUCUGAGUUAUGUCGUCAGGGAUGUUCUUGUGGUGUUUGGAUUAGUAGCAGUGGCAAUUUACUUGCAGAGUUGGCUUGUUUGGCCAUUUUACUGGGCUGCUCAGGGCACAAUGUUCUGGGCACUGUUUGUUCUUGGUCAUGACUGCGGCCAUGGAAGCUUUUCAGACAACCCCAGGCUAAACAACAUUGUUGGGCAUAUCCUGCAUUCUUCAAUCCUUGUUCCCUACCAUGGAUGGAGAAUCAGCCACAGAACUCAUCAUCAGAACCAUGGACAUGUCGAAAAGGAUGAAUCAUGGGUACCGAUUUCUGAGACGAUAUACAAUACUCUGGAUGAUAGCACAAAAUUCCUAAGAUUUAAGGUCCCUUUCCCUUUGUUUGCCUACCCUCUAUAUUUGUGGACGAGGGGACCGGGAAAGGAAGGCUCUCAUUUCAAUCCGAACAGCGAUUUGUUCCUUCCCGGCGAGAGGACAUACGUGCUCACAUCGACAAUAUGCUGGAGCGCAAUGGUCGCCUUCCUUCUCUGCUUGUCCAUGGUCAUAGGCACUGCCCAAGUUCUAAAGAUCUAUGGUGUUCCCUACUUGAUUUUUGUCAUGUGGCUAGAUUUCGUUACUUACUUGCAUCACCAUGGCCAUGAACAGAAGCUUCCCUGGUACCGGGGCAAGGAAUGGAGCUACUUAAGGGGUGGGCUUACAACUGUUGAUCGCGAUUAUGGAUGGUUCAACAACAUCCACCAUGACAUUGGCACCCAUGUUAUACACCAUCUGUUCCCUCAGAUCCCCCACUAUCACUUAGUCGAAGCGACAAAGGCAGCUAAGUCGGUGCUCGGGAGGUACUACAGAGAGCCAAGGAAAUCAGGCCCUUUCCCAUUUCACCUAUUCAAUUAUCUAGUAAGAAGCAUCAAACGCGACCACUACGUCAGUGACACAGGAGAAGUCGUUUACUAUGAGACCGAUCCUCAACUGCUCGGCUUAUCCCAGAAGAAGAAGGAAUAAAAAUUGUGCUACUCUCUGGGACUAGCAGAAAGAGAGAUACUACCUUACAGUGACCAAGAAGAUUGCAGCCGCUUGAGAAGGAGGCUUGAAGAUUGAAGAAGAUUGUAGCUCGUAGCCUUUUUGUGAUACUCUUAAUAGUUCUUAUGAUUUGUAGCUGAAUACAGAGAGAUGAGCAUAAUUAUUCAGCAACUAUGUCAUAAUUCCGAUCAUUUCAAUGGAAUCAUCCAUGAUCCAUCCCAAGUGGAAUAAUAGACUUUGGAAAGUUUUCCACAAAACUUCUUAGUGGGAAUUUUGCUUGCACAUGAACCAUUAAUUUCUUAGUGAA